GUUUGUUUCCGGGUAAGCAGACUUUGCCGGUCGUGGGAUAGUUUAUUGAUUCGAAGCUGCGUCCUGGUCGGGUGGCCUGGGCCCGGGAAGCCAGGCAUGAAGAUCACCAGGCAGAAACACGCCAAGAAGCAUCUUGGCUUCUUCCGCAAUAAUUUUGGAGUCCGCGAGCCAUACCAGAUACUGCUGGACGGCACUUUCUGUCAGGCGGCGCUACGGGGCCGCAUCCAGCUGCGAGAGCAGUUGCCCCGCUACCUCAUGGCGGAGACUCAGCUGUGCACCACCAGAUGUGUGUUAAAAGAGUUGGAAACAUUGGGAAAGGACUUAUAUGGGGCAAAGCUGAUUGCCCAAAAAUGCCAGGUUCGAAAUUGUCCCCAUUUCAAGAAUGCAGUGAGUGGAUCAGAAUGUCUGCUUUCCAUGGUGGAAGAUGGAAAUCCUCACCAUUAUUUCUUGGCAACACAGGAUCAGAAUUUGUCUAUGAAAGUAAAGAAGAAGCCUGGAAUUCCCCUCAUGUUUAUUAUUCAGAACACUAUAGUCUUGGACAAACCUUCUCCCAAAGCGAUUGCGUUUGUUAAAGCAGUCGAGUCCGGUCAGCUUGUCUCAGUGCAUGAGAAACAGAGUAUCAAGCAACUCAAAGAGGAGCAGGGUUUAGUCAGAGACCCAGAACAGAGAAGAAGAAGAAAGCGCAAGAAAGUAAGUGGCCCCAAUCCUCUUAGCUGUUUGAAGAAAAAGAAAAAAACACAGGAUACGAACUCAUCUGCCUCGGAAAAGAAAAGGAAAAGAAAAAGAAUCCGAAAUAGAUCUACCUCAAAAGUACUUUCUGAAAAGCAGAAUGCAGAAGGGUAAUAAGUCUAAAGACUUUCAAAUAUGAAAAUAAAUUUCUUUUAGAAACUGUGAAAGUACUUAUUUUUAUAAAUGAAUUUUGACCCACAAGCCUUUAUAAAAUUAUUUUUCAAAAACCAGUGGAUGUAUUUAGGUGUAAUCAUGUUCACUUUUCUUACAGAACGUAGGGGUUUUUUUUUUUUUAAUGUAAAACUGUUAAUCUCUUUCUGUCUUAGUGCUGUCCCCCACCCUCCAACAUUAUGUGGAGAUGGUUUAAAAAUACCUUCUAGUACCAAAAUGCUUGUGACUAAAAAAGAGGUAAUCAUUCUCAUCCUUUCAUGUUCACAGAGGAAACUUACUUUUGCAACUUAUACAGUGGUUGUAGAAUUUACCUUUAUGUUUCCAAAUAAUAUGAAUAUGUUGCUACCUUUUGAGCUGCUGAUUAUUUAUUAACUUUCUACUGGAAAGAGUGAAAAUUUUGCUUACUUAUUUUACUUCACCAUUUUUCUAGUAUAUUAAUAUUUCAGUAUUUUUACAUCUCAAAUUCAGUAUUUUCAUUAUGAAGGCUAUCAGCUUUAUUUACUACUGAACCAAGUAGCAUGCUGUGGUUGACUUUAUUUCUUAUAUUACUUUUUUUGUUAUUUCAGAAGUUAAUAAUGGGCUCAUUUUCUUCUAGCAUCUGACUUGAUCUUGCCAUAUUCAGUAAUUCUAAAAAGGAUCUCAUAAUUUUCCAUAUGAUUGUUAUUGUUCAGUUGCUAAGUCACAUCCGACUCUUUGCAACCCCAUGAGUGCAGUACACCAGGCUCUUCUGCCCUUCACUAUCUCCUGGAAUUUGCUCAACUUGGUGUCCAUUGAGUCCGUGAUGCUAUCUGAUCAUCUCACCCUCUGCCUCCCCCUUCUUUUGCCUUCAAUCUUUCCCAGCAUCAGGAUCUUUUCCAGUGAAUUGGCUCUUCUCAUCAGGUAGCCAAAAUAUUGGAGCUUCAACUUCAGCAUCAGUCCUUCCAAUGAAUAUUCAGAGUUGAUUUCCUUUAGGAUUGACUGGUUUGAUCUCCUUGCAGUCCAAGGGACUCUGAAGAGUCUUUUCCAGCACCAUGAUUAGAAAGUAUCAGUUCUUUGAUGCUCAGCCUUCUUUAUGGUCCAACUCUCAUGUGUAUAAACCAUACUGGAAAAACCAUAAUAUCAAGUAAUUUCUUUCUCCUGGUGAUACUUCUGGAGCCAGCUCUCUGACUUCCAAUGUGGAAACGUUUUCUGCCAGGUAUAUUGCUCAGCUAUCACCUAGGCAUUUCCUGUCCUUAUCCAGAGAAUCUAUUCUGUAGCCUAGAUUCUUCCUUCUACUCUUUCUUGGUUUCCUCUUCUGUGGUAGCGCAUAGAGUGUGUAGGAGGUACAUUUUUUGAGGCUCAACCAGUGUGUCUAAACUUAUAUUUAUUGUGCCAAUAAUCUAGCAAGAUAAAGAAUGCUCUAUUCUUAAUUGUUUAUAAGACCCUAGGGGGGAAAAAAAUCCCUUUACUCAUUUUGAGUUCCAUUUGUCCAGUGGAGAGGGUGCUUUUCUUUUGGGUAUACAUGUUAACUUCAAUGGCAAGAAUUCUUUUCCAUUCUUGGAAUAAUAUUCUCUCAGAUUGGCUUUAAAUAUUGUUUUUAAAAUGUCUAAAUAGUUCAAUUAGGAGUUGAAUAAUCUAACUUUUCUUUUUUAGGCCCCUCCCAAAUUGUUUCAAUCAUCAAUCAGGCCAAAAUUAAAAAUGUUUUUACACUGUAAGAUUGAAGUAUAAAGUUCUUAGAUUGAUCAGUAGUUCCUGACUUUGAGAGUCUGCGAUACCUUCAAAUAGUGGUUCUUAAUCUGUAUCCUUGUAAUAUCAUGAUCAUGUAUGAAAUACUUCGUGAAUAAGUUCUUAUUUAUAGCUGAAAUAAAUGACUUUUUAAAAAUAUGAGACAAUUCAAAUUUAUUCCUAUAGAAAUAGUCUCAGUUGAACUCAGAGAUGCUUUUUUGAUGGAAAGUGGAAUUUUAGCUUUACACCAGGAGCACCACAUAGGCUGUAUUACCUCUCAAGCCAGGUGAGUGUUUUCUGUUGUCAUUUCAUGAUUCUGUUUUAAAUUGUUUAUGUAGGAACAUUUUUUAAAAAGAAAAGCAAAAGUAGAAAAAAGUGAAUACAGUUCUAUAGUUUUGUGAGGAGAAAACAUUUGUCAGUAAUGACAAGAGUUGAGAUUACUAAAUGUAGGCAAAGUGAUAAAGCAAGUGAAAUGUACACUGAUGAUAUUCGUUUCAACACUCUCAAGUGCGUAAAUUUUAGGUAUUUUUCUUUUUAACAAGGUUUAUAUUUAUUCAGUGCUAUCUUAUUGCCUAUUAAUAGAACUGGUGAGCUGGGAAAGCAAGUCAUUUUUAUAAAAUUGUAAUUUUUAAAAUAUAAAAAGUACAAUGCAUUAUAAAACAUUUAAUAUCUUAAAACUUUGAUUAGUUAUAUGUAUCUUUUCUUGGCAAAAUUAGGAUCUCAUAUCUUUGUACUAGUUCUUCAAUGAAUAUUACCCACUGCCACCACUUGAAAAUUGCUAGUGCUACUUGCUUUAUUUCUCUGUACAAAUUAGAGAAAGAAGUGGUGGGCCAUAGGAGCACGCACAUAUAAUCCAUUUUGUGGUUUGGAAAAGAAAAUGUUAAGAACCUCUUUAAAGGAUGGCAGCUCGCAUUGUUGGGGAUAAAAUACACGUGCUUUUGCAUUCUCUGAAGUUUGCUAGACUUCAGAUUCUGUAUUCCCUAUAUUUUCAAAGCACUACAGCCAUUUCUAAAAGGAACCAGUCACAGCUACCUGGUGGCAGGUUGAUUACAUUGGAUCCUUUCCAUCAUGGACAGAAUAGAAAUUUAUCCUUAAUGGAAUAGAGCCUAUUCUGUAUAUGAAUCUUCUUUUCUUUCCCAUUAUGCUUAUGUCAGUAUCACUUAACAAAAUGCCUUAUUUGCCAAUGUGGUACUCUACCAACACUGCUUCUGAUCAAGGAAUUUGUGGUGUUAAAUGGUCUUGCUCUAACAUGUCGUUAUGUAAGUAAUGCUAUUUUGGAGACAACACCUUGAAAGGAUGGAUAUUCUCUUAGAAGAAUAUCUUACAAGACACAGUAUAACAUUUGAACCAGAAGUCAAUACAUGGUGUGUCACUUCCAUACCUAGAAUACAUGGGUCCAGAAAUUAAAGGAUGGAAGUCGGAGUACUUCCUCUUACUAUUAUGUUGUAUAACCCACUCAGAAUUUUUACUUGCCCUCACAACUUUGAGCUUUGCUGGCUUGGCGGGGGUGGUGGUGGGGAGUCUAGUUCCCAAAGGAGAAAUGUUUCUACCAAGGGAACAACAAUAAUUCCAUUAAUUUGGAAGAUGAGACUGCCACCGGGUCAUUUGGGGGCUUCUUUUUUUAAACAUUUACUUUUAUCUUGGCUGCACUGGGUUUUCCCUGUUGCACGCGGACUCCUUGCAGUGGCUUCUCUCGUUACUGAGUCAGGCACUGGAGCACACAGGCCCAGUGGUGUGGCGCACAUGGGCUUAGUUGCUUCACGGCAUGUGGGGUCUUCCCAGCUCAGGGACCGAACCUGUGUCUCCCUUAUUGGCAGGCAGAUUCUUUAACACUGAGCCAUCAGGGAAGCCCUCAGCUAACAUCUUGGCUGAUUUCAUGUGAGGCAGGACCACUCAGUUAAGUCACUCAUGAAUUCUUGACCCAUGGAAACUGUGAGGUAUAUGUUUGCUGUUGUAAGCAAGUAAAUUUUGCAAUAGUUUGUUAUGUAGCAAAAUAAUGAAUAUAAUAAUGGAAGUUUAAAAUACCAAAUAUGACCUUGUGACCAGUUACAAAAAUUGUGCCUCUAACAGCUAUGAAGCUUUUCUUUCUUGUUAUGUGUAUAUGUAUCUAUAGCUACAUGUGCUUGGUUGCUCAGUCGUGUCUGACUCUGUAGCCAGCCUGCCAGGCUCCUCUGUCCAUGGGGAUUCUCCAGGCAAGAAUACUGGAGUGGGUUGCUAUGCCUUCUUCCAGGGGAUCUUCCCAACCCAGGAUCGAACCCAGAUCUACAUUGCAGGCAGAUUCUUUACCAUCUGAACCACCAGGGAAGCCCGAUAACUAUAUGUGUAUAUGUAUAUAUAAUAUGCAUACACACAUACAUUAUAUAAAUGUUAUACACAUAUAAAUAUAUGCAUAUGUAUAAAUAUACAAUAUAUAUUAUGUAUAGAAGAAUCAUACAUUCACACAUAUAUUCUAUCUUCUCCUUGUCCCAAAUAUUUUUUACAUGUUUUUUUUUUUAUUAUAAAUGCUUUAUUCUUUAUGUUUUUUAAGUGUAUUUUUUACUGAAGUACAGGUGAUUUACAAUGUCGUAUUAAUUUCUCCUGUACAGCAGUGACUCAGUUAUAUAUACAUUCUUUUUUUUCUUUUCCAUUAAGGUUUAUCCCAGGAUAUUGAAUGUAGUUCCCUCUGCUAUACAUUAGGUCCUUGUUGCUUAUCCUUUCUAUAUGUAAUUCAGUUCAGUUCAGUUCAGUCACUCAGUCGUGUCCGACUCUUUGCGACCCCAUGAAUCACAGCACACCAGGCCUCCCAGUCCAUCACAAAAUCCCGGAGUUUACUCAAAUUCAUGUCCAUCGAGUCGGUGAUGCCAUCCAGCCAUCUCAUCCUCUGUCACCCCCUUCUCCUGCCCCCAAUCCCUCCCAGCAUCAGGGUCUUUUUCCAAUGAGUCAACUCUUCACAUGAGGUGGCCAAAGUAUUGGAGUUUCAGCUUCAGCAUCAGUCCUUCCAAUGAACACCCAGGACUGAUCUUCAGGAUGGAUUGGUUGGAUCUCCUUGCAGUCCAAGGGACUCUCAAGAGUCCUCAACUCCACAAUUCAAAAGCAUCAAUUCUUCGGUGCUCAGCUUUCUUCACAGUCCAACUCACAUCCAUACAUGACCACUGGAAAAACCAUAGCCUUGACUUGGGAUAGCUUCCAUCUAUUAACCCCAAACUCCAGUCCAUCUCUCUCCCACCCACUACAAGUUUUUCUUAUUUGAGAUUAACGUUACCGUUUAAUCUUUUGGUAACAGAAUUUCAGCUGGGACUGAGAUUGAAAUUAAGGGGUAAUUAGCAUAGCCUAUGUAGCUACAAUGACCAAUAGUAUUUUGCAUCUUCUGAUUUUGUGAAGUGUGAGAAUACCUUCUUUUGUAUGAAGGACAGUUGCAUCAUACAACUGGGAGUUGUUGAAUCAUUGUAUGAAAACUUAAAGUGUAAAGAAGGGUGCACAUGGAUGCUGAGUAGCCAAAGGUGUGUCAGUUCCAAGUCCACCUGUCUGUGCUCUACGUUGUGGCGCUGGAGCUGGAACUCUGCAAACCACAAUCCUCUGGUGACAGUUUUCUCCUAGAUUCUGCCAGUGAGGGGCACUAAGGCAGGACCUGGAAGGAGGAUGGAAGAAGAAAGGGUGUGCUUUUUCCUGUGAACUUACUAUAGACUCCUUGAGUGCCUGGGGUUCUUCACUCUAGCUGCUGCAGUUUCUUACCAGCAGUCCCUAAUCCAAUUAUAACACUUGUAGAACAGGUUUAUUGCCUGCACCCCUUAUCCCCCACCAGAAAGCCGGCACUAGCUGGCUGGAGCCCAUUCUUCUGGGGCCCAUCCUCUGAGCUGAGAGACAUUGGAGUUUGCCUUCUCAGAUAUUUCAGCGCCAGGGGCUCCUCCACGUUCUGUUUUAAUAAUUUUUAAAAUUUUUUUUGAAUUAUUUUUGGUUGUGCUGGGUCUUCGCUGCUUUUGCGAGGGCCUUCUCCAGUUGUGGCAAGCGGGGGCUACUCUUUGUUGAGGUGUGUGGGCUUCUCAUUGCGGUGGCUUCUCAUUGUGGAGCAUGGGCUCUAGGAGCACGAGCUUCGGGAGUUGGAGCACGCGUGCUCUAGAGUGCGAGAGCUUUAGUUGUGAUGGACAGGCUUAGUUGCUCUGAGGCAUGUGGAAUCUUCCCAGACGGGAUUUACUUGUAUCCCCAGUCUGCAUUGGCAGGUGGAUUCUUAUCCACUGGGCCACCAGGGAGGUCCUGUUUUAAUAAUUCUAACCUCUUUCCUCUACCCCCUUGCUUUAAGGGCAGAAGUUGCUUCCUGCAGUUGCUACCUCCAUAAUUUUUAGGGUUCUCUUUCUACCUGUUUAGUGUCAUGGUUAAAAACUUGAUACCUGAUUAAUAUGUGUUUGUAUUAAAUUAUCUUUUUCACAUGA